AUGGACGCAGUUAAGCCACCGGAUAUUGAGAUUACUGCACCGGAACCAUUCCUUGAACCGGAAGUACUACCGCCGUUAGAUGGCUCCCAGGAGAAAACUUCAGAAACGGCCAGUAUGGAUCCGGCAUGGGCCAACAAAUUCAACAACGCCAGCAAGGAGCGGGAGUAUUUAGCCCGAACAGCCUGGAUGCUCCUGGAUGCCGGCACUUCCGCUCUCCGCACCGUGUUUGACAGUGUGCAUCCCCCACUCAACCUACGUGACCAUCUCGCGCAGGCGCACGUGCGAGCGGUUCUAUGCCGUCUGCACGAGGAACAAAACAUAUUGACAGAAAAUCAAUGGAAACUACUGUACCCACUGAAGAAAAAGCACGUGCUAUCACAGAAAUAUGACAGCCACUUGCUCCUUACCUUGCUGCAGUCAGUGUGUCAUUUGUGCCCACCCUACCCUAAUGGCUGGCACGCCCAACCCAUGCCGACCGACAGCAGCCUCGCAGCGGAUAUUGUCCGCAUGCAACUUCUUCACCAACAGGUGGCAUCUACAGAAGCCAUGGCGAUAGACGAGUAUACAAGAAUUUGGCGGCAAGCGCGAGAAGUGUUGUUCCGGUUGGGCGGUCCUCCCAUUCGGGUUAAACUGCACAGAAUAGAACACGAGGUCAUGACACCGGAAAUGCAGACGCACUACAUUAAUACGUUCAUGGCGGGAUGGGGAGACGGGCGGAAGCUUAUUUCUACACCAAAGUCAGCAGACUCACUCCGGAAGGCGCGGAGGAAUCGUCAGACGAAAAAUAGCAACGAGCAAAACGGCUUAUCUCCAGAAGACAAAGCCGUUUGGAGAAAAGUUCACAAAAUGCUUGUGGACAACGUUCUCGCGGAUGAUCUUCUGGACAGACUUCAACAGAACCAGGUCAUCAAAUUUAGUGACCGUCAGGAAAUUCUUCUCAUCUCCAAAAAUUCCGAACGAAUGGCCAACCUUCUGGAUAAGAUAUUGAACUCUAAAAAUUCGACCGCUCUGAAAUUUCUGAUUGAGGCCAUGAAGUUCAAAUACAAGAAAAUAUACGAUCAAGUUGUACAAAUUAGGAAAGAAACUCACAAAAAUGGCGUGCGAGACAAUGUUGAUGUGGUGGGUGUGGUCAGUGAAGUUAUGUGUACUCACUACAAGCAUAACUACAACAGGUGUCAGCCUUUUGCUUGGAACGAAUCAAUUACCGUCAACAUCCGAGACAUCUACACACCCUUGGAUAUCCUCAACUCAGACGGAAAAAGAUUACAUCUUCAUGAUUUCUGUCCUCCGCCGACUACCAACGGGCGUGGCUCUAGAGUUAUGCUGGAAGGCGCUAGUGGAAGUGGCAAGUCCGUUCUAUGUCAGAUGGUGUCUUAUCUCUGGGGUUCACAAAAGUCUUUCUUCCGGCACCGUUAUCCAAUAUUUCUUCACGUGGACCUGCAGACAAUGGACGGUGGCUUCUACGAAAGUUUGUACGAAAAGUUCUUUCCGUCGGGAUUCAGCCUCGAUUUGCCAGGAUUCCAGAGAAUGCUCGAGGAGCAUUCGUACGACAUAAUGUUGCUUGUGGAUGGAUAUGACGACGGAAGUGACAUACCAGAACUGCAAUCCAUAUUGUCAGGUGAAAGUCUUCGACUCGCAACGGUUGUAGUUGCCGCUAACCCUGAACUCAUUUCCUCAAGUCAUUUUACACCUGACAGCAAAAUGUUCUGUAUGGGUUUCAGUCAAACCAACGUCAUCAAGUGCGUCACAAAUUUCCUCGAGCGAUUUCAUGUCAAUAUCGAACACCAUCAACACUUCUUAGAUAUAUUAGAGAAUGAAUCAUGGUCACUGAGACCUUAUCUCAAUCUCCCGGUUGUUGUGUUGCUCGUCUUUGGAUACUACCAGACAACGAAAAAUGCAAAACUCCUUGAAAUCGAAACAGUGACUGCUCUCUUUGAGUCCUACGGCAUCUCGAUGGCAAUGCACCUUUGCAAAAAGCAAAAGAUUGAUGUCAUCGGGUACGAGUUUCCCGAUGACGUCAUUUCCGGUGUGGAACGGUUGGGAAGUUUCGCUUACAACACACUGCUAAACAACCGAAAGGCUUUUGGAGAGGACGAACUUGCACUUGAAAUGGAUAACCCAAUUGCGUUGAAACUUUGUGCUUUUUCAAAAUUUAUGCUUGGAUCUAAAGUUAAAUUUCUGUGUGGACUCAUGCAAGACUUCCUUGCGGCAAAACACCUUGCGGAUUUCGUUAUGGACGACAUUGUCAAAACUAUGAAAGACUAUGAAAUGACCAAGAAGCCAAAGUUUACACAAGUAGUGAGCCUCCUAUCAGGCCUGUACAGAUUUGACUAUGACACAUCUGUUCUUCGUGCCAUUUUUACAGAACUGUCCAUACGUAAUAUCCGGCAAACGCGCGUGCCAACCGGACAGGACACGAAUACAUCAUCGACUGACAGAAAACUGAGGCCACCUAGCGGACAAAUAAUGGAUUUUAAUACGAGUCUUCAAUCUCUUAUUGAAUGUCAGUCACGUGAAGACGUGUGCAAAAUCGUUGCGCAAUCACUGCCGCCAAAGAUCUUGGUUCGGAGGGAGGGACUUAUACCCUCUAAAUGUCUAUACGCUCUACAGAACGUCCUUCGGUUCGAGGAUAAUCGUUUGACGCAUUUGGAAUUCCAUCUACAACCAAUGUAUACUUAUCAACAAAGUCAAUUCAAGGACCUAGCCAUCGCAGCAGCCAGGAACACUAAUCUUAGCAGUCUUAAAGUUCAGUGGUCAUCGCUUGACCUCAUGUCAAAGUUCAUGUGUAGUUUCAUGACGGAAACUGAACGCAUCGAGCACGUCACUUUGGAAGAUGUAUGCAAGAAAUCUUUAACGAGCGUUCCCGCUUCUACGUGGGCUGCACUACAAACAGCAUGUGAAAACAUGUCAAAAGCAACACGUGUCUCGUUUAUCCACUCAAAGGUGGCAGCAGUGACCUAUUUCUUCCUACAACAUCUUCCGCACUCGGUCAAGGAGCUUGAUUUCCGCGGCUGCGCGAUGAACAUGAUGUGUGCCGGCGAAAUCAGCGCAAAACUUGAAAAGACUUCAGUUUUAGAGAGACUUGAUCUAACAGGCGCUCACUUGACUGGGUCUGAGUUCGUUCCCAUACUGCAAGGUCUAAAACUGUGCAGUUCUAUCAAACAUCUUAAAUUAUGUGGAGCUAAACUGGACCGACCGGCUGUAGAUGCACUCUCCGAGUGUCUCAAACUGACCAGGUCACUACAGAUACUGGAUCUCAGUGAAUGUCAACUUACCACAGACAUGUGUCAGAAACUGGCCGGAGCCAUCGUACAGAACCGCACACUAAAGAGGCUUGUGCUGAAGAAGACCAAAGUGACGUCAGAGGGUCGAGAUGCUAUCUCGCAUUCUAAAUUUGACCAGAUCAAAGUCGUUGGACUUGAUGAUAAUUUGCACGUGGUGCAAGCAAUCUAG